AUGCCGAUGCAGAGAUACAUUUUCACGCAACGUCUCACGGAAAAGGACCGUGCGAUGGGCUUGGAGGAAACCUCAAGCCUACAGUUGCCUGCAACAGAAGCAAUGUCAAUUCCGACUUCCGCCAAAGGCGCUUUGCCAACUCCUGCUUUUGAUGGGGGAAUGCCACCUCCUGCUUCUGAUGCAGGAAUAUCAACUCCUGCUUGUGUUUAUCCCGAAAUGUCAUCCCCUUCUUUUGCUAAUGCAGAAAUGUCACCUCCUGCUUCUGCUGAUGCAGAAAUGUCACCUUCUGCUUCUGUUGAUGCAGAAAUGUCACCCCUUCCUUUUGUUGAUGCAGAAAUGUCACCACCUGCUUCUGACGAUCCAGGAAUGUUACCUCCUGCUUCUGAUGAUGCAGAAAUGACAGAUCCUGCUAUGGUUGGAGAAGAUAUCACAGAUUCUGCUAUGACUGGAUAA